AUGAAGCCUAGCACCCCAUUUCGCAUUAUUAUCGUCGGUGGAGGCAUAGCCGGGCUCACGGCGGCCAUUGCGCUGCGGGCUCCCAACCGGCGAAUCGUCGUGCUUGAACAAUCGCGACUGAACAAGGAGAUUGGUGCGUUGAUCUCGCUACAGCCAAACGCAACCAAGAUUGUAUACGAUACAUGGGGACUGGGUAAGCAUCUGGAAGAUGCGCGUGGGUUGGUAGAUGAAGGUUUCCGCGUGUACUCGACCAGCGGAGAGCUCGUGAACCACGUUCCGCUGACAACAAAGACCGAGUAUGGAGCAAACAGAAUUGUCUACCACCGCAUGGACCUGCAUGAUGCGCUAAAAAAGGCCGCGCUUUCCACAGAAAGGGAUGGGGAUCCUGUUGAAAUAAGAGUCUCAUCGCGCGUGGUUGCAUGCGAUCCCGUCAAGGGGACCGUGGAGCUGGCAGACGGUAGUCUAGUGGAAGGCGACAUUAUCGUCGGCGCAGACGGAAUACAUAGCGUGCUUCGGAAGUAUGUGUUAGAUAGACACGUUACUCCUCUGCCGACAGGACAUUCCGCAUAUCGCUUGAUGAUUCCCUCGGACGUUCUUGAAGAGCAAGAAAAGGAAUUCUGCAGUAAGAUCAACCCACGCAGCUCGUUCACUUCAAUGAUGAUCGCGCAUAACUGCCGCCUGAUUAUGGGUCCCGGUAGACAAGGAGAUGUAUUCGGAAUCGUUGCAAUGGUCCCUGAUGAACAAAUGAACGAGGAUCCUAACGAAAAGCAAUCAUGGGUCGCCGAGGGUAAUCUCGAGAAAAUGCUGGACACGUUUUCCGAAUUCCCUGAAUGGAUGACAAGCAUUUUCAAACAUUCGGCAGACCUUGGCUUGUGGCAAUUGCGCGACAUAGAUCCUCUUGAGAGUUGGUCCCGCGGGCGGCUUAUCCUUAUCGGGGAUGCCUCGCAUGCGAUGCUACCCACGCAAGGACAAGGGGCCAGUCAGGCCAUUGAGGAUUCCGAAGCACUAGGUGCAUUCUUUGCAGAUAUAAUCGCCGCUCCCGCGCUCGAGGAGAUUGAACGAAUCUUCCAGGAUAUAUUCCACAGCCGACAGGCGCGUGCAAGCCUUAUCCAGGCAUACAGUCGGCAGGCUGCUAAGCCGGGUGCGGCAAAGGGAGGAAAGACUGUCACGAUGAAACCGGACGAGUUCAUGGCGUUCAACUGCAUGUAUAACGGCGCCAAGGAGUGGCUCUGCCGGCAGGUAGAUUCGAAAGUUUAG